AUGGAACCGGCCAGCGAGAAACUACGGAAGGAGCUGGAGGAGGAGUUGAAACUCAGCACGGACCAGCUGCGCAGCCAUGCCUGGUACCACGGCUGUCUGCCACGGAAGGAGGCGGAGUCCCUGCUGCAGGAGGAUGGAGACUUCCUGAUCCGCGACUCGCGGUCCAGCACGGGAGACUACGUUCUCUCCUGCUUCUGGGGCGGCCAGGCCCUGCACUUCAAGAUAAUCCGGGUUGUCCUCCGUCCCCGGAAGGGGUAUUCCCGCACCCUCUUCCAGUUUGAGCAGGAGCAGUUCGACAACGUGCCAGCCUUGGUCCGCUUCUACGUGGGCAACCGGAAGGCCAUCUCGGACACCUCGACGGCUGUGGUGUCCCGGCCUGUCAACAGGAACGUGCCUCUCCAUUGGUUGGAGGAACGCUAUGGGGACACCGGCCAGCUCCCUGGACCGGUCAAGAAGGAUGGAGCGCCUGCCCGAUGGUCCAGUUUCCGCACAGCUACAGCCGGAGAGGAAAUGGUGGAGGUGAACGUGCUCCGGACAAAAGAUCGACGAGGAAGUGACCCCAGUAGCCUCGACCAGCUGGACAGGAGGCCCUCGCUGCAUUCCGCCCGUUCGGACAGCAAUUUGCUGACCGGCGGCCCAGAACCUUCUUCCGGGGUCCAGGACCGUAGCCCGCUCCCCCCCUUGUCUCCUGUCUUUCGCACAGGCAGUGACCCUGUCCUGCGGCCGAACGCCCCGUCGUCUUACGCACAGGGGGGCCAGGCGCUGAGCGGCUCUGAGGGGCGGCUCCAUUCCAAGGCCCCGCUCAAGCCCCCCCGGGCCCCUUCCGUGCUGGUGAGCGACUACUGCGAACUGGUCCCCAAGGCCCCCGAAGGCCCCCGGAGCCACGUGGAACGCCUGAGAGUGGAGGAGAGGUGGCGCGGUCGGGCUCACAUCACGGAGACCUCCUUUGGGUUCCUGGACUCGGAAGGAUCUUUUCCCUCGCCCUGCUCGGGGGACACGGAGGAGCUGGGAUUUGAACGGCCCCUGCUGGAGACGGUCUCCUCCUUCCAGCCUCAGCUCUUCCGCUCGCUGCUCUUGCCUCCAGACAAUAAGCCCUUGGAUCCGAACGCCCUCAAGAGCCUCAAGACCAUCUUUUCCCAGCACGACUGCCGAGCAACAGCCUUUCACAUUCUGCAGGUGGACUGCCAGGCUGUCAGAAUCACUGGUGUCUCCAAGGAGCAGCAGCAGGCCAUGGGGGUCAGCUCAGGCCUGGAGCUGAUAACGCUGCCUCAAGGGCAUCAGCUGCGGAAGGACUUGCUGGAAAGGCACCACCUAAUCGCCCUGGGCAUUGCGGUGGACAUCCUGGGCUGCACAGGGGCUGUGGCUGAGCGGGCAGCCACCUUGCACAAGAUCAUCCAGCUGGCGGAGGAACUCUGGCGGUCGGCAGGGGACCUCUUUGCUUUCUCUGCUGUGAUGAAGGCCUUGCAGCUGCCUCAGAUCGCACGGCUAGACCAAACAUGGCGCCAGCUGCGGCAGAACCACACUCAGAGCGCCAUCGCCUUUGAGAAGGAGCUCAAGCCCCUCAUGGGGCGGCUGAACCGGGCAGAAGGGAAUGCGGUCCCCUCCCUGAAGGAGGUGGCCGUCCCUCACAUCCUGCCCCUCCUCUGCCUGAUGGAAGGAGAAGAGCGGCGGGGGGAGAGCGAGGAGAGCUGCGAUGUCCUCUUGCGCAUCCUGGCGGCUGCCCGCUUCGUAGCUACCAACGCUGGAGUCUUUCAUGCCAACGCAGAGGCGAAGCUGCAAGGAUUCGAAGCCUCCCCCGAGCUCCUGGAAGCAUUUCGAACGGAGUUUGCCCUUCUGUUAUUCUGGGGUAGCAAAGGAGCCGAAGCAGACCGGACUGAACGGCACCGGAAAUUCGACAGGAUCCUGACCGUCCUUUCCCAGAAACUAGAGUGA